AUGAGCCGGACCACCUUCUUUGAGGUGGAGGUCCUGGAUGCCAAGACAAGAGAGCAGCUUUGUUUUUUAGAUAAGGUGGAGCCCCACUCAACAAUAGGGGACAUCAAGAGCCUUUUUCACAAAUCAUAUCCUCACUUGUAUCCAGCAAGGCAGGCUCUGAAGCUUGAUCCUAAGGGAAAAUUAUUGAGGGAGGAGGAAAUCUUACAGAAUCUACCUGUUGGGACCACUGCCACCAUGUACUUCAGAGAUCUGGGUCCACAGUUAGGAUGGACAAUGGUGAGGAACACAACAGAAUCAAUGAACAGUAGAUGUCCAUAUAAAAUACAGUAAUAUAGUAAUGGAAUGAACACUCUGCUUCUCCUCUUCUUUUGUUCUCAGGUGUUUCUGGCAGAAUACAUCGGGCCUCUUCUCACCUACCUCCUCUUCUACUUCCGAGUACCUUACAUUUACUCACACAGUUAUGCCUUCACCUCCAGUCCCCACACAGUUGUCACACGAGCCUGUGCCUGUCACACCUUCCACUACAUGAAGAGGUUGAUAGAGACUAUCUUUGUCCACCGCUUCUCUCAUGGGACCAUGCCCCUCAGGAUAAUAGUCAGGAAUUGUGCCUAUUACUGGGGUUUCUCAGCCUGGUUGGCCUAUCAUAUCAACCACCCUCUUUAUACACCCCCAUCAUACGGUGAACUGCAGGUCAACUAUGCACUUGUCAUAUUUGUGAUGUGUGAACUGGGAAACUUCUCUAUUCACGUGACUCUGAAUAAUCUCAGGGGAGAUGGACACAGGAGCAGAAGGUACCCGAGUCCAACUAAGAACCCCUUCACUUGGCUAUUUUUCUUUGUAUCCUGUCCCAAUUACACAUAUGAGGUUGGAGCAUGGCUGAGCUUUUCCAUCAUGACGCAGUGUCUACCAGUGGCUUUUUACACAUUACUGGGCUUCAUUCAGAUGACCAUCUGGGCCAAAUGGAAGCACAAAGCCUACAGCAGGGAGUUCAAGGACUACCCCAGCCUCCGGAUGGCCAUUAUCCCCCUGAUCUUCUGACAGUGGCUGAAACAUCAUAGCAUAUAAGAGCUACAUAUUCUCUCCAUACAGGUGCCACUUACACCGAAUCUGCUGCUGCUAAAUCCAGCACUUUGCAAUUAUUAUUUUUUUUACUAAUGAAUGAAGUGAGAGGGGUGGGAAUGGGAGCAACAGUAUGGCAAUAGUAAAGCAAUAUAGUGGAGCAUUUAAAGCAGGUUACACAUAACAUUAGUUUUUUGAUUCUUUGAAUGCUCAAAGUGAUCAGGUGAAGUAAGUUAAUUGAAAUUAUCUCUCAUAAUAAAGUGCC